AAAGUAGUUAUAACAAUAUCAUAUAUAUUCGGUGAAGUUGCUAAAGAAAAUUCAAAGUAAUUUCUGUUCUUCAACCUGUUCUUUAUGAUAAUUACAUUAACUUUCAAAUCAUAGUUUCAAAAUACUCUUUUUUAAAACAAAAAUAAAAAAUGCUAAAUUUAACAGGAUAUAUAGUGAACUAUUUGUGUUUUUUAUUAUUAUGUGUUUUGAUGGUAAAUGGAAUACCUUUAAGAGGAAGAGUUGAUAUCAUCGAAAAAAGAAUUGGUGUGGUUGAAACACGAAUGAAUUCUGACAAUGAACUGGCAAGAGAAAUGUUUUUAUCGCUCCAACAAAAUUUUGAGGACAUUAACAGUUCUAUGAUCACUCGUAAGAAUCAAAAGUGCCCCAUUAUGGACCAACGUGGAGUAAAAGAGGAUCAGAGUGAUUCUGAAAAUAAUGUUGAAAUUCUACAGUCAAGUCGAGUAAUGAUGACCUUAGGACUAAAGCGAGAGAAACAAUGGACAAGAGAUCAAGUAAAAAUACUUUCUACUCAAAUGGGUGAACAUUCCGAUCGGUUAGACAGACAGUUCUUAAACCUUACAAAUCAGAUUCAUUUACACAAUGACGAGUUAACCAAGAAUUACUCGAAGCUUAGAACUGAUACGAUAGACAAAGCUGAAAGAGAGAAACAAUGGACAAAAGAUCAAGUGAAAAACCUUACGAGUCAAGUACAUGAACAAACUGAUCAGCUCAACAAUAACUUCUCAGAACUCAGAACCGAAUUAAUAGGUGUGAAUGAAGAAAUAAAAUCCGAUAUAUAUUUAAAAAUAAACAAAACAGACAUGUUAAUAAGUUCGCAACAGAAAGAAAUAGAAGCUUUAAAGGAAACUCAAACUAACCUUUUAAAUGCUUUAAUGUCUACAAACGUGGUAAAAUAUGAUUAUACAUGUCCAUCAGACUGGAAAAAAUAUUCAUCAUAUUGUUAUUUGUUUCCCAAAGAUAGAAUGAAAUUCGAUGAAGCACGUGCUUAUUGUAAACGUCUAGAAGCAACGUUGCCUGACAUUGAGAAUCAAGCAGAGAAUUCUUUUAUUGCUGAUUACCUUAAUGAUUAUUCGUAUUUUGCUUGGAUUGGUUACUCUGAUGAGGAGAAAGAGGGUACUUGGAUCUCAGGAAGAACUGGCCAACCUGCUUCUUUCACAAACUUUGCGGAUGGUCAUUCUAACGGAGGUAUUGGAGGUAAUUGUGCAGGAAUAAGUCCCUGGGGCGGUAAAUGGUAUGCUUUGAAUCCUCAAUCCGAACAGAUUGUUGUUUGUAAAAAAGAUGCCACCAUGGAGUUCAAGUUGUAAAUAUCAGUACAUCUUUUAAUUCAAGGCAGACCGAGCUUUUUUAUCAUUAUUCAUAGUACAAUUAUUAUUAUGUGAAUAAAUCAUAGUUGAUUUACUUUUAUAUUCAGUCUCGAGAAAUGUUCUAGUCUACAUUUCUAUUGUACUGUUUGUACUUUUUUAUGUUUUGCUUUAAAAUUAAUUCAGCACUUGUGAACGUACUUUACAGUUGUGAUAUUUCUCUUUAUAGGGCAUGUCCAUGAAA